AUUGUCAGUAGUGAAAGGCUUAGUCAAGGGGUGGGACGGGUACACUUUCGAAGGUUGAAAAGUUUUUUUCGUAAUAAAUCUCACUCAAACGAACGUGUAACUAGUUUAAUAUAUAUCUUUGUUAUUUAACAUAUGGUUAUAAAUGAAUGAACUUCAAAACUAAGUGUAUUAACAAUGGCCAAGGCCAUUAUUUACUUUGUCGUGGCUGUUCUGUGUAUCAGUUUUGUAAAUUCCGAUGAUACUUUAAAGUUUUAUCAAGAAAAGAAUGUCCAUGAAGCUCUAGAGCUAACAGAUGAUGACAUCAAAAAUAUUGCCAAACUUUCUAAUAAACAGGAUUUUAGAGAGGUUCUUGAUAAAAUUCUUAUACCAAGAGUGGUAGGAACCCCAAACCAUAAAAAAGUUGGUGAUUAUAUUGUAGAUGAGAUGAAAAACUUAGGCUGGGACGUGACUGAGGAUAUUUUCCCUGAUAAAACGCCAGUUUUUGGCACCUUGAACUUUAGAAACAUUAUUGCCAAGUUGAAUCCCAAUGCUGAUAGGUAUUUGGUGCUUGCCUGUCAUUACGACAGCAAGUAUACAAGAGAGCAUGAUUUUCUAGGCGCAACAGACUCCGCAGUACCGUGUGCGAUGAUGAUUAACCUCGCGAAAGUUUUGUCCAGACAACUUGACCCAUUAAAAUUCGGUUCACCAAGUUUGAUGUUCAUAUUUUUCGACGGAGAAGAGGCCUUUCGACACUGGGGACCGAAAGAUUCAAUAUACGGAGCUAGACAUUUGGCUAAAUCGUGGCAUUCGACGCCAUACAAGGACGGUGCAAAUCAUUUGCAGAGAAUGGAUGUUCUGGUGCUUUUGGACCUUCUGGGUACGCCAGACCCAGUAUUCUACAGCUACUUCAAGGCUACAGAACGUUGGUACAUUCGUCUUGCAAGCGCUGAACAGCGGCUCAGUGAACUCGGUCAGAUGUCAGCAUAUUCCACGGGUAAAGCCGAGCAAACAUACUUCAGGCUAGUGAGUUCUGGCGCUCAUAUUGAAGAUGACCACAUACCAUUUAUGAGGAGAGAUGUAGAUGUACUUCACGUAAUACCAAACCCAUUCCCAAAGAUUUGGCACACCGCAGGCGAUAAUCUAUCCGCAUUGGACUUCAAUACCAUAGACAAUUUGAAUAAAAUCUUCCGCGUAUUUGUAUGCGAGUAUUUGCACGUCGCUCCUUAGCGAUUGUGGCGAUUUUUGAUCUACGAUGAUUCCGAAAGAUUUUGAGAAAAUAUAGCCUAACUCUGACUUUGAUAUUUGACAUUUGUCAAUAAUUUAUUGUUAUUAUCUAAAAGUCGUACCUAUUAUACAGUCUAUAUUUUAUUUAGAUAAAACAAGGUCUCGAGAAAUUUCUGACUGAAAGUCAACUGUCAAGAUUUAUGUAUAAACCAUAAUGUAAAAUUACUCUUAUUAAUAUAUUCAGCUGGAAUUUAUAAAAUUGAUUAAAAUACUAAUGUCACUCAACCUACACCUGUGAACUUGUGGCGGUUUCUCGCUGACCACGAUUGUUUCGCGUUUAUAUUUUAUUUAGAGUUUCUGCUGCACUGCGAAAUGUUCGUACCCUACUCUUUCGAAUGGAACAAAUAUUUAAAGUGUUCCUGGCGUAGUCUUUAUCUUUUUUGCCUUUUCAUCCAUAAGUGUUGAUUAUACGCGUAUAUAAAUAAACUUAGUACUGACUGUCGUGUAUCAGUGUUGUAUGUAGAAACAAUCACCAGAUUCCAAAUGAUGAUUCAUUUAUUUCAUUUUAAUGUGGUGCUUUAUUAUGUAAGCCUCAAAUAGGUAUUGAAUGUUUUGUCAUUAUCGCUCUUGUAUCACGAAUAAAUAAAUGAAACAUUUUUUGAGGGUAGUAGUGAAUAUUAUUUAUAUGAAGGAAUUCCUCGCAAAUAUAUUUAAUACAUUCCAAUUUUAUGUAGGAAGUACGUAUAUAUAUAAAUAUAUCUUGACUAAAACUAUGAAAUUCUACUAGUUCUAAGUUUCUUUUUUAUAUACAUUUUAUUUUUUAAUAAAAUUAAAAACUAAAAUGCUUUUUAAUGCCUUAAAUAUUGUUUUGUUUAACAAAACGCGCAAACUGUAAGUAGUUUUAAGUGUCCGCAUGCUUUACUAACAAAUUUAACAAACCAAAUUUUGUAACUACCCGCAUUUUAAAAUAGAAAGAGUACCUGAAGAGUAUUUUUCUUUUGACAUUACGAAAAUAUUUUUUAGACAAUUAAUAUUGAGAGAUUUAUGCUCAUUUUUUUAUUAUUCAAUGUUAUUAUGUACCUCCAGAUGGUUGUGUUUGGAUAUUUUAAUUUUUAUUAUUAAUGUUUUUGAUUUAAAUGUAAUUGGCGACAGUUUGCAGUUGGCUAUUUUCUCUAAGCAACUGAAUACUUGAGAAACAAGAAAGUGUAGAACAGUAUUUAGUGUUUAUGACUGUCUUUUGUUCCAUUGAUCGGACUCAAUAAUUGAACUCGGUACCAUUUUGUUUUGUACUUAAUUCUAUUCUAGAAGAAUAUUUAAAUUAGUACUCAAUAUUAUAAUCAUGUUAUUAAAAUAUAUUAUUCAA